AUGGACAAGAAACCUUGUAGCCUCGAGCCGCCAGAUGUCAAAGACUACUUGGUCAAAGGCGACAGGUUCACCAAGUGGACAGAUGAUUCAGCACGGACUGCACCUGUCACCAUGAAAAUGGACCCAAAGGGCUACUACCUCUACUGGACCUAUCAGAACAGGGAAAUGGAGUUUCUGGAUGUAGCAACCAUCCGAGACACAAGAUCAGGAAAAUAUGCCAAAAUGCCAAAGAACCCCAAAGUUCGUAAUGUGUUCAACAUGGAUUUCCCUGACAGCCACCAUUUAGCCAAAACCUUGACAAUUGUAUCAGGCCUUGACAUGGUCAACCUGACAUACCACAACUUCUUUGCUUACAAAGAGAAAGUAACACAGAACUGGGCCUCAGACAUCCUGGCGAUUGCCUACAACACACAGAGGAAUAAUGCUUGCAGACAGGUCUUCCUGGACAAAGUGUAUGUCCGGAUCUCCCUUCAGACCAACAAGGAUGGCAAGAUCCCUGUCAAGAACAUCUAUAAGAUGUUCCCUGCAGACAAGAAGAGGGUAGAGAGUGCCCUGGCUUCAGCCCACCUUCCCAAAGGAAAGGGGGACACGAUGAAGCCUGAGGUCUUCACUGAAGCUGCAUUCAAAGCUUUCCUGAUGAGCCUGUGUCCCAGGCCUGAAAUCUAUGAAAUCUUCACCUCCUACUCUGCUAAGGCAAAGCCGUACAUGACCAAGGAGAAUCUGGCCAAGUUUCUCAACGAGAAGCAGCGUGACUCACGUCUGAAUGAGGAGCUCUUUCCUCCAAUGCGCCCUGACCAGGUGAAGGCUCUUAUAGAGAAGUACGAGCCAUGCUCCUCCAAUGCCAACCGAGGCCAGAUUUCUCCAGAAGGGCUGCUGUUCUACCUCAUGGGACCUGAGACAUCUGUGGUAAUUCUGAACAAGCUUGUCACCUGUCAAGACAUGACCCAGCCUCUCCCCCACUACUUCAUCAAGUCCUCUCACAACACCUACCUCACAGCGGGCCAGUUUUCGGGUGUCUCAUCCCCAGAGAUGUAUCGGCAGUGCCUGCUGGCGGGAUGCCGCUGCCUAGAGCUGGACUGCUGGAAGGGGAAGCCCCCAGAGGAGGAGCCCAUCAUCACCCACGGCUUCACCAUGACGACCGAGAUCCUCUUCAAGGAUGUGAUUGAAGCCAUUGCAGAGAGCGCUUUCAAGACCUCCCAAUACCCCAUCAUACUGUCAUUUGAGAACCAUGUUGACUCGGUCAAGCAGCAGGAGAAGAUGGCUAACUACUGCAAGACCAUGUUUGGAGAUGCCCUUCUUGUUGACCCUCUGGAGAAAUAUCCACUGAAGCCUGGCCAUCAGAUCCCAAGCCCGGCUGAGCUGAUGGGGAAGAUCUUGAUCAAGAACAAGAAGAAUAACCCUGUGAAGCAGGACCAGGAACCAACUAAGAAGGCUGCAGUGCCAGACCAGAACCAGAACCAAGCUGACACCAACCAGAACCAGAACCACAACAGCUCUGUGAGCCAAGAGGGUUGUGGUGUGCGUGAUGACCAUGAGGAGCACGAGGAGCAUGAUGACCAGGAUGAGGAGAAGAUGAAGAACUCAGACGAGGGCACCGCAGGGCAGGAAGUGACAGCCUAUGAGGAAAUGUCUGCCCUGGUGAACUACAUCCAACCCAAUAAGUUCAUCUCCUUUGAGAAUGCCAAAAAGAAGAACAAGAGCUAUGUGAUCUCCUCUUUUGUGGAAACCAAGGGAGGAGAUCUGAUAUCCAAGACAGCUGUGGAGUUUGUGGAAUACAACAAGAGGCAGAUGAGCAGGAUUUACCCAAAGGGCACCAGAAUGGAUUCUUCUAACUACAAUCCGCAGACUUUCUGGAAUGCAGGCUGUCAGAUGGUGGCGCUAAACUACCAAACCAUGGAUUUUCCGAUGCAGCUGAACAUGGCCUUGUUUGAGUUCAACGGGAGGACUGGGUACCUGCUCAAACAUGACCUCCUGCGUCGAAGCAACAAGAAGUUCGAUCCUUACACAGACAGGAUUGACACCAUUGUGGCCAGCACUCUGACAGUAAAGGUCUAUUCGGGCCAGUUCCUGUCAGACAAGAACGUGAAGACAGGGGUGGAGGUGGAGGUCAUUGGGUUGCCGGGAGACCCCAAGCGUAAGUACCGGACCAAGUGGUCAGCCACUGCCAACGCCAUCAACCCCGUGUGGAACGAGGAGCCCUUUGUCUUUGAGAAGAUUCUGCUGCCAGAGAUGGCCUCCCUCAGGAUGGUGGUCCAUGAGGAGAGCGGGAAGUUCCUGGGACACAGGAUCCUCCCCAUCUAUGCCAUACAGUCAGGUUUCCAUCAUGUCUGCCUGCGCAGUGAGAGCAACAUGCCGCUCACUCUUCCUGCUCUGUUUGUCUACAUUGAGGUGAAGGACUACAUCCCUGCAGCUUUUGCAGAUUUCACUGAUGCCUUAUUCAACCCCACCAAGGGUUCUGAGAAAAGCACAAAGUCCCAGGAGGAAUACUUGUGCCCUUUUGAGAUGCCCAUUGCCAACCUCCCCAGGACUGUAGAGGAGCAAACGGUGGCCUCAGUUGUACAGACAGUCGACACCACCCCAGACCCUGAACUUCAGCCCAUCUCUGCUGCUGACCUUCCCCCUGGCACAGACAGUAAUGACACCGCUCCGAAUAGUGAGCCCUCCGUGGCAACUGACUCCACCCAGUCUGGUCCUCCUUGUCCAUCUGAAACAGACCUGGUCCCAGCAGGCUCUGCUGCCAAUGCGAAGCUCCCUCCUGACAGUGACUCUGUCGCUGAUGUUGCUUCAGUCUCUGAUGCUGACUCCACCACAGACAUGCUGCCUACACAGGAUGUGGACAUCAUAGAUGUUUCCCCUGCUCCGGAUGCGGCUCUUUGCCAGGAUGUUGAUCCUCUCCCUGGUGAUACCAACAAUGUGGAUAUUGACUCCACUCCAAUGAGUGACCCCUGUCAAGCUGUAGAACUUCCCCUUACGCCUGUGGCCCAAUCCCCUGAUAUUGACUCCUCUUCUGACCCUGCUGCUACUCCGGAGCCUGAGAAGGUGCCUGCAGAUUCUGCCCCAGAGCCAACUUCUGUGACAGUGGAGGAGCUGAAACUACAUAAGAGCUUUCUGAAAGUCACCAAAAAGCAGGAAAAAGAGAUCCGAGAGCUGGAGAAGAAGUUCCAGCGGAAAGGAGAGGACCUGAUCCAGAAAUACAGCGAGCUGUUCCGAUCCUUAAAGAAGAAGACCUCUGUGAAGAAAAAAGAGAGCGGAGGCGAGAAGCUGGACCCGGGGUUGGACAAGGCUGUGGAGCUGAAGGCGACCCUGCAGGCAGAGCUCAAAGUGUUACGAGAGGAGCAGUUCGAACUCUUGAAGAGAAGGAGGGGACAGCAUGCCACUGAGCAAUUAGCGAAGCUUCUGGAGCUGGCCACAGAACGGCACGCCAGUGAGGCACAGGCUCUGCAGGGGGCGCUGGAGAGUGAGACCAAAGAGUUGAAGAAGAAGGAAGGGAAGCGAAAUGAGAAGCUUACUUCCUCUGUCAAGUCAGAUAAGGGCAGGAUAAAAAAGGAGAUGAGCAGCGAUCCUGCUGAGGAUGUUGAGCAGACGACAAAAGAGCUCUCUGAAGGCAGCACAAUGCAACAGGAGGCCCUAAGGAAGAAACAGGCUGCCAUUCUGGAGCAGAUCAAAGACGAGACAAACCAGCUGAACCAGGCGGCCCUCUCGGAGCACGCGGAGAAGAUGAGAUCUCUCCCUGCCGGUCUGCAAGACGCCGUCAACACGUGCGUAAGCCCACACUUCCCAGACCUGGUGGACCAGCCCAGCACGAGCAAGGUGGAGAGUGGCGUGUAUGGGGACGUGUUCCUGGGGUAG